AGAUUGGCGAUCACGACCCAGAGUUCGUCAGACACUUGACUUGGUGAUGGCUCUAACUGUGAUCAUUGGUAUAAUAAUUGUUGUCCUUGUAUCUUCGCAGGACAGCAUCAGUGCAACUGGUCAGAAAUUUCAUUCACCUUGGCAUUACGAGUGCACCGGUGGUUUAUGCAAAAAAAAGGAGUUAACACCAGAUGUGGAGUCUCCACACUCGUUGGAGGUGUGUCAGCUCUUCUGCGGUGAAGGAGGUGCACUCUGGCCGAAACCCACUGGUCAUUUCUCACUCGGCAAUUAUGUCGCCCAUUUGGAUCCUGAGAGGAUUAGCAUGCGAGGUAUCUACGAGAAAUCCCCUGCUGGACAACUUCUUCACAGGAAUAUUCAGCUGUUGAAGAAAAAUGUCAAGAAACUUGGGAACGGACUCGUCAAGGGCGGGGGAUUAGCCCUAGGAAUUGAAAUCGCAGGGAUCAAAAAUACUUAUGAUACAAGAAUUACUUUAAAUACUAGGGAGAAUUAUACUCUACAUAUUCAUCAGCCGGAUGAGGAAAGACUGAUGGCUAGGAUCCUCGCUGACACGUACUUUGGUGCUCGCAAUGCAAUGGAAACUCUUGCUCAAUUAAUUGUUUAUAAUGAUCUACAUAAUGAAAUACAAAUGGUAAGGGAUGUCAACGUAAUUGAUGCUCCUGUCUACCCAUACCGGGGUAUUCUUCUCGAUACCAGUCGCAAUUUUGUGGACAAAGCAACAAUUCUUCGGACGAUCGAAGCCAUGGGGAUGAGCAAAUUGAACACCUUCCACUGGCACAUCACUGAUUCCCACAGUUUUCCGUACUCCAGCAAGAGCUAUCCCAAUCUUCAAAGAUAUGGGGCAUACUCUCCUCUCAAAGUCUACUCUGAGGAGGACAUCAAGGAAAUCAUUGACUUUGGGCUCCUUCAGGGAGUCAGGGUAUUACCAGAGUUCGAUGCCCCAGCACACGUGGGCGAAGGAUGGCAGUGGGUUGGGGACAAUGCAACAGUUUGCUUCAAGGCUGAACCCUGGAAAAAUUACUGCGUUGAACCCCCGUGCGGACAAUUAAAUCCCACCAGUGAGAUAGUCUACGAAAUUCUCAGUGGAAUCUACAAGGAUAUGAUUGAGGAUUUUUCUCCUGAUAUUUUUCACAUGGGAGGGGACGAGGUGAAUAUCAACUGCUGGAACUCUUCAUCGGCUAUUCAAGACUGGAUGCUCCAGAAAGGCUGGAACUUGUCUGAAUCCAGUUUCAUCGGUUUGUGGGCCAUAUUUCAAGAGCGAGCCUAUGAAAAACUCAAGGUUGCUAAUAAUGGAAAAGAUAUACCGGUCGUUUUAUGGACCAGUGGGCUUACCAGUGAAAGUAAUAUUCACCAUUUGGAUCGAAAUCGGUAUAUUAUUCAGGUUUGGACGACUGGAAAAGACCCCACCAUUGGACGACUGGUUAAGAAUAACUUCAGGAUGAUCUUCUCCAAUUAUGACGCACUUUAUCUCGAUUGCGGCUUCAGCGCAUGGGUAGGUGAAGGCAACAAUUGGUGUACACCCUACAAAGGCUGGCAGAAGAUAUACGAGAAUUCUCCAUUACAAAUGAUAAAGUCACAAGGAUUUGGCGAUUCGAAAAAAUACUUAAUUCUGGGUGGAGAAGCAACAUUGUGGACAGAACAGGCAGAUGACGCUUCAAUAGACUCCAGACUCUGGCCAAGAUCAUCAGCGAUGGCUGAGAGACUCUGGAGUGAGCCUGAGUCAUCCUGGAUUCAUGCAGAGCAGAGAAUGCUCAGACAUCGUGAGCGUCUAGUUAAACGUGGAGUGUUUGCUGAUAGUUUGGAGCCCGAGUGGUGUCUGCAGAAUCAGGGAAGCUGUUAUGCUUAAUUCUAUGGUAUUAAUUAUUACCAAUAAAUGUGAUUGAUUGAAUCAUUGAUCGAA